UUAUGGAGAAGGUGCACGCGCACAUCGCUUCCCAAUCGACAACCGCAGUCGUCCUAACUCCACCGCGGGAAGCUCGCCUUCGAUUUCCCCACCACGCGCUUCGCUGCUACGAUGUAUAUGACCCCAUGACGAGCCCUUCCCGCCAUCGCCACUCUCGCCGAACGUUUGGGAGACCACGUUGCAGGUCGCCCGAGGAGAGGAGACGAUGGAGCGGGAAGGACGCGGGGCGGCGGCGGGGGAGGAGAGGCGGUACAAGGGGGUGCGGCGGCGGAAGUGGGGCAAGUGGGUGUCGGAGAUCCGGCUCCCCAACAGCCGCGACCGGAUCUGGCUCGGGUCUUACGACUCACCCGAGAAGGCCGCCCGGGCCUUCGACGCCGCUGCCGUGUGCCUCCGUGGCCCCCGCGCCCGGCUCAACUUCCCCGAUUCUCCUCCGCCCUGCGCCACGCAGCCCCUCUCCCCGCAGCAGAUCCAGGCCGCAGCUGCCCGCCAUGCCGCGACACCGCCGUCGCAGCCGAGGCUUGCUCCAACCGCUGGGGAGGCCGGGAGCGGGGAGCAGCUGGACUGGUCUUUCAUGGACCCGCAGCAGGCGGCAGCCUCGGAGGAAGGCACCGAGUUCCCAGCCGCGAUGGACGACUACAUGUACGACUUCUUCUCGCCGGCGCCGCCGGCGGAUGUGGUGGAAGACCACGGGGCCGUCGACUUCGGGUCCAACUCUUUCCUCUGGAGUUUCUAAGAGACGCUGCACCAUAAGGAACUGCACGUCGCCGCUCUGCACAUCGUUUACUUAUAUUCGUUCAA